CGAUCUCUCCUCUAUAAAACAUAACCCGUCUAGUUAAACUCAUAGUCUAAUAAUCGACCCCCACAACAAGGAGAUCCUUAGUAGAAGAGACGAUCGUACGACCGUGUUUAUAAACUAGAGGAAUAUAUCCCCCCGAACUACCCCGAAUCCAAUUUAUACCUAGGCAGUUGUUCUCCGCACGAACCUCAACCCCUCCAACGAACCCCACGAUCUCGGACUUUGAGGGCUUUGCGCAUAAUGCCCGAGAUCACAAUCACCGGCUUCCGGACCCGCGACGUGCGGUUUCCCACGUCCCUGGACAAGACCGGGUCCGACGCCAUGAACGCCGCCGGCGACUACUCGUCGGCGUACUGCAUCCUCGAGACGGACUCUGAGUUCACAGGCCACGGAAUGACCUUCACCAUCGGCCGCGGCAACGACAUCGUCUGCGCCGCGAUAUCCCACCUCGCCGAGCGCGUGCGGAACCGGACGCUAUCGAGCCUCGUCGCGAACUGGGGCCAGACCUGGCGGCACCUCGUCAACGACUCGCAGCUGCGGUGGAUCGGGCCGGAGAAGGGCGUGAUCCACCUCGCGCUGGGCGCCGUCGUCAACGCCCUCUGGGACCUGUGGGCCAAGGUCCUCGGGAAGCCCGUCUGGCAGGUGGUCGCCGAGAUGACGCCCGAGGAGGUCGUCCGCUGCGUCGACUUCCGCUACAUCACGGACGCGAUCACCCCCGAGGAGGCCGUGGAGCUGCUGACGCGGGCGCAGAGCGGCGGCGACGCCGGCGGCAAGGAGCAGCGGUUCAGGCUCGCACUCGAGAGCCGCGCCGUCCCCGCGUAUACCACGAGCGCCGGCUGGCUCGGGUACGGCGAGGACAAGAUGCGGUCGCUGCUGCGGGAGACGCUCGCGCACGGGUACAAGCACUUCAAGCUGAAAGUGGGCGUGUCCGUGGAGCAGGACAAGCGGCGGCUGGCGAUCGCGCGGGAGAUCAUCGGGUACGACCGGGGCAACGUGCUGAUGGUAGACGCGAACCAGGUGUGGAGCGUGCCGGAGGCCGUCGCGCACAUGGAGCAGCUGGCGGCGUACAAGCCGUGGUUCAUCGAGGAGCCGACGUCGCCGGACGACGUGCUGGGGCACAAGGCGGUGCGGGAGGCGCUGCGGCCGCACGGCAUCGGGGUGGCGACGGGGGAGAUGUGCCAGAACCGGGUGGUGUUCAAGCAGCUGCUGGCGAGCGGGGCCAUCGACGUGUGCCAGAUCGACGCGUGCCGGCUGGGCGGGGUGAACGAGGUGCUGGCCGUGCUGCUCAUGGCCGCCAAGUUCGGCGUCCCCGUCGUCCCGCACUCGGGCGGCGUCGGGCUCCCCGAGUACACCCAGCACCUGAGCACCAUCGACUACGUCGUCGUCAGCGGGAAGCGCUCCGUGCUCGAGUACGUGGACCACCUGCACGAGCACUUCCUGCACCCGUCCGCCGUCAAGGACGGCUACUACCAGACGCCGAUGGAGCCCGGCUACAGCGUCGAGAUGAAGCCGGAGAGUAUGGAUCGCUUUAGUUAUCCGGGCGAGGAAGGUGUUAGUUGGUGGAGGACAGAGGAGGCGAAGGCGAUUUUGGAAGGGGAGAAGAUAUGAGCUAUUCUUACAGGUAAGGCUGAUCCAUGGGGUUAGAAAGGAAGAGGAUAAGAAAAAGGAAAACGGAGCUACGUAUCGAAUCACUACGACAAAACAUUAUGCACCUUAAGUAGGUACCUACCUGGUAUCUUGGGUAGAUAGAUAUCGCAAUAUUACGGUAUUCUCGGCAUCCAAACGCAACCUUAUAUGAAAUCCGACCUAUGAGGCAUUACCACUCACACAUCCCCUCAAGUGAGGACGAUUCUGGGCAAAGCUGGAUAUCUCGAGCCUUUGGACUUCUUGAUCUCUCUCUGUAAGCUCCUAGAAUCGAACCCUGAGGUUUAGGAUGGUCUUGUGCGUA